GUAGAGUGCAGGGAGUCGUUUGGGAUUCGGACCUUUUUGUCUCCUCGCAUGCCUGUUCCGUCGUUUUUUUGUUCUUAAAUUUCUUCACAUCACCUCCGUAAACGACACGAAUCCCCAAAUAACCGUAUUUCCAUCAAAAUUGAUCGUUUAUGCUACACUGUGUCGAUUUCGGACAAGCAAACAACAACAAAACAACAAAAACGUUUGCAGUCUGAUUCGAGGCUCGUUAGCAUUACACAGCUAGCGUCAUUUCUUUUUUUCCUCAAAAACUGUACUUCAGACGUUGGAUUUACUCACAAAACUGUAUUUCACAUUGAUAUGCGUGAUACAGUCAGUAUACAUGUCAACAAAAAAGAGAAAGUAUAUGCACACAAGCCGUAAAUAUAAACGUACGUAUUUGCUAAUGCUAAUGUAGCUAAAGGCUGAUGGCGCACAGCAGAUUUCGGUUAAUAAAUAUCUCCACUUCCGGUUUGCUCGGAUUUUAUUCUAUUACUGUUUUAUCGAAGUGUAGUGAUAUAACCGCUUAACCUGUUAUCUUAGCAUCAACUCACGUAAUCCACGUUUAGUUUCCGCGUACCGUUUCGAUUCGUAUUAAUCGAUCAUUAUCAGCGGGGCUCGCGGAUUAAAUACCGAUUAAUCGAUUAAUUGAAUUGCGCGUGACGCCUGUUCACAAAGCUGAGAAGGAGGAGUGGAGAAAGUGCGCAGUUAGAUUUACAAACCCCGGCCUGUCUGUCUGACUCCUGUCUACCUCCCCGUCUCCUGGCCGCUGUGUCUUCUGCCUCCCUACCUGUCUGUCUGUCAGUAGAAACAGGUCUCAGCAUUCCACAUCCAGGUGACCUGAAAGAGAUGGUGAUGGAGAAACCGAGCCCUUUGCUCGUAGGGCGCGAGUUCGUCAGGCAGUACUACACACUCUUGAACAAAGCGCCCGAUUACCUGCACAGGUUCUAUGGAAGGAACUCAUCAUACGUGCACGGUGGUUUGGACAGCAGCGGGAAACCCGAGGAAGCCGUGUACGGUCAGGCUGAGAUCCAUAAGAAGGUGAUGUCCCUGCAGUUCAGUGAGUGUCACACUAAGAUCCGACACGUGGACGCUCACGCCACUUUGGGGGACGGGGUGGUGGUGCAGGUGAUGGGUGAGCUGUCCAACAGAGGACAACCCAUGAGGAGGUUCAUGCAGACCUUCGUCCUUGCACCUGAGGGUUCUGCAGUGAACAAGUUCUAUGUACACAAUGACAUUUUCCGCUAUGAGGAGGAAGUGUUUGGAGACUCUGAGGCAGAGUUAGGAGAGUCUGAGGAAGAGGAGGCAGAGGAAGAGCAGGUGGAGACCCACACUUCCCCAGAACCUGCACAGGAGAAUGCACCUUACUAUGAGCCUCCACCAGUCAGUAAUGGUGUGGAGGAGCAGCAGGAAGAGGCGGGCCCUGAGGCAGAACCAGAACCCCAGCCUGAGCCUGAGGCCAAUCAGGAGGUAGAGACAGACCUUAGUGCUGAGGGAGAGCUUCAGCCUGAGGAGGUUGAGCCAGAUAUUGAAGAAAAACUGCCAGAAGAGUUAGAGGAGAAACCCCCAACCCCAGUAUCAGCCCCGACUCCACCCCCUCAGACCCCCGAACCACCCAAGCCAUUCUCUUGGGCCUCUGUGACGAGCAAGAAUCUGCCACCCAGUGGCUCUCUACCCACCUCUGGCAUCCCGCCUCAUGUAGUGAAGGCCUCAAGUAUACCACCCAGAGUGGAGGUAAAGCAGGAUUCUCAUGCUCCAUUGCCUAGAGACCAGCGGCGUGAGAGACCUGGGUUUACACCACGUGGACCUAGACCAGAUGGCGCUUCAGCUGAGGCUCAGGGUGGGAAACCUUACUUCGGCUUUAAAGGUCGUGGGGAAUCUGAGGGAGGCGAGACUGAAGGGCGCAGGACUGUGCGUCACCCUGACAGUCAUCAGCUGUUUGUGGGAAAUCUUCCACAUGACAUAGAUGAGGGCGAGCUCAAGGAAUUUUUCAUGAAGUUUGGGAUGGUGGUGGAGAUGCGCAUCAACACAAAGGGUGUUGGAGGGAAACUGCCCAAUUUUGGGUUUGUUGUGUUUGAUGAUUCGGAUCCUGUGCAGAGGAUUUUGGCAGCCAAGCCAAUCAUGUUCCGCGGUGAGGUUCGCCUGAACGUUGAGGAGAAGAAAACCCGGGCCGCCCGAGAGCGUGAAACCAGGGCCACAGGAGACAACCGCCGCGGAGACCGUGGUCCCAGGGGCAUCAUGGGUAACGGGAUGGGGCGUGACCGAGACGGGCGUGGCCCACCCCCGUCCUCCUCCAGGCCCACGAUUGGUUCAGGCCGAGGUAGUGGAGAGUCUCGCUUCGCUGGGCCGCGACGCUGAGUGGGCGGAGUCAUCUUGAACCGUGCUCGCUCUCACUCUUUCGUCACAUCAAUGGGCCGAAAAUUUAUAAAAAAUAAUUUUUUCCUUUACUUUCUUUUUUUCUGUUUCCUUUUUGGAAUGUGACCGGCUAUCAACAACAGCUACGAUGAGAAGAACCACCAUUUGAUGUGAAAGAUUUAAAAAAAAAAAGCAGAACUCUCUCACACACACUGAAGCAUUUUGAAAAUUCAUCGCUUUCUCUUUUGGGUUUUGUUUUUUCCUAUAUUUUGUUUUCUUUGCAAGAAAAAUGGGGGCGUGGCUUAUUUUCUGUUGAACAAAGAGAUGGAAGUGUGACAAGGGGGAACUGUUGAAUCGCACGUUUUAUAAUGGACAUGAACGUCAAUGCUUCAGAAAAAACGGAAGAGAAACGCUCACUGUACACUUAUUUAUUUUGUUAGUUAAUUAAAAAAAAAACAGUGGUGGUGCCUUAAACUGUUCUCUCGCCCAUCUCUCUCUCUCUCUCUCUCUCUCUCUCUCUCUUUUGCUCAUCUCUCUCUGUCUCUCUCUUGAUCUGUUUCAUCCUGUGAAAGACAAAAGGACUAAACUCAUCAGGACUCGGGCAUGUGCCGAUAUUAAAUUAAACAAUAUUAUUGCGAUAUUAUUGUUUACUGGACCCUCGGCAGCAUCUCUUUCGGGACUUCAUCAUAAGUGAAAGGAUUUAUGGGAUUGCCUUCAGUGAGAGGAACUCAGGUGCUGCUGCCUUCACAGAUCCAAAGUACGGACCCUUAAGAAGACACUGUUCAUGUUCUGUGUUCCUAAACAGACAGACUUUAUUUGGGGAGCCAGCGUUUAUUAUUAUUUUUCUUUCCCUCUCGACGUUAAAUACCGUGAUGUGAUCAAUGAUCGGCACAUGCCUGGUCAUGUGGAACAGUUCGGCCGUAAAUAAAACGUGCGCCUUUUUUUUGUUUGUUUUUGUAAGUUUCAGAAGCUCAGUUUUGAAUUACACUAAUGCUAAUCUAGCUAACAGUUUAUACAGAUUAUAGCUACCAGAUUAGCAUUAUGCUCACCUCAAGACAUUUAUACAUUAAAAAAAAUUAUUGAAUAGCAGAUUGUCUUUUCUUUUUAUUUUUAAAUUUAAUAUAAACAUCAAGUGUUCCCAAUGUACAAGCCCUGUCUUUAAGACCUAUGCCCCGCCCCCUACCUGACUGUAAUGUACUGAUGAAGAAAGUAUGUGUUGGUAGAAAAACUACAGUUUUACAUUUUUAUCUGUGACGUUCUUUUUGUGGAUGUUUAUAGACAAGUGUUUCGUACAAUGCGUCAUGCUAAACUGGUAGCUGUAAGAGUGUGUUUCUUGUUAGUUACAUUAGCCUCAUAGCUCCAGUGUGAAACUUGGCUGAUCGAAUGUAUGCUGUACGUUUCGUUUUUGGGCUGAACCGUUCUUUUAGCUCGUUGCUAACAGCGUGUGUGAUGGUAAGGCAGUGUUAGUGGUACUGAUGAUCCCAGAAUAGUACUGUCUUUACGAUAGCGUACGUUUUGUUUAGUUGGAGAGCGGCUUGCUGAAGCCGAGCUUGUUUUCCUCCCUGCAGUAUUCCACACUCAAUUUAUUUCCUUGUCACAAACCACUUUGCACGGCCGGUUUACGCUUUUUUUGUUUUUAUUUCUUUCUUCAUUUUUUUGGAUACAGCUUUAUGAAGUUAGCACUUUUUUUCUUUUUUUCCAUUUUUCAUUUAGUUGACCUCCUCCUCCUCCAGCCUGUAUUUCCGCUCGGGCUCGGGUGUUGAUCUCCCGUUGGCUUCAGCAGGUUCCGUCUGAAUGUGUUUUCAACUUUCAAUAAACUACUGAUGAUCUGCAA